UUUAAUACCAUGAAGUCUGAUGUAUACCUCUUCAAGUUUGACCAUUAUCAAACUAUUCAGACAAAAAAUAUAAGAAUGAAGAGUUAUAUAAUGUGUAAGAUUCCGUAAACCAGGUCCAUAUUAUUCUGCUGAUAUUCACCUGAUAUACUUGAUGUGCGUGCUGAUCGAUCAUAUAUUCUGGUGCAAUGACGCGUCCAACUCUAUCUUUUAACCGAUAUAAUGCAUUCUAAUAAUUUCCAAAGUAUAAUUUCUUUAAGGGAGAGGUUUAUGUCUAAAAAGUCUAAGUUUAGAAAUUCUGGAAAUGCGCCAUGUAUUAAACAAGAAAAAAAUCGGGUGGAAAAUAGCUCGCUGACAAAUGCUAUUAUACCCACUGAAACUACAAAAAUUUCCGGUGACACAUUCCCCCCGACCCCAACUUCGUUAAAAUCGUGUAAUAAUUUAUUACAAUUUACGUCUGGUGAUAUGACUCCGAACUCAAUAUCAGAUGAUACGAUAUCAGAUAUCUUUAAGGAACGUAAUAAAUUAAUCAAAAAUUCUCCUUUACAAGCAUUUUCCACGCGUCGAUUAAAUACACUACUAGAUACAACAGAAACGCCAUUUACUAAUUCGAUCCAGACAGAUCAAGAGGCUAAUGUAAUACAGAUUGAAGCAGAUAAGAUUGACGAAGAAAUCACACCGGCAGCGUAUCCUACUAGCUCGAGGCAAGAGGAUGAAAAGAAUGAAAGAUCAAAAGAAUUUAGAGAACAGUAUUCUUUGCAAAAAUCGAUCACUAAUAAUGUUAACAAAAGAAAACGAAGCAACAGUCAUGAUAAUGUGAAUGAAGUAUCCAAGACUUCCAAAAUCCAUCCAGUUGAUAAACAUUUAUUGGCCGAACCAGAGUAUAUGGAUAAAUUAAAACCAAUUAUACUUUUUUUGAGAAGAUAUCAUAUGAAAGCUAUUCAUGAAGCCAAAGCACGUUCCCAAACUAUCAAGUCUCAAUUGAAAUCAAACAUUAAUCGAUACGACAUUGUCCUAGAGAUUGAUCCAGUGAUUUUGUUGGAAUUGGAUCCAAUCCUUGGAUAUCGCCUUCUUAAUAAUUUUAUCGUUACACACCUAGACGAGGACUUGACUGAGGCUUGUCUUUUUAUUCUACAGUCGACAUUUGGACAUGAUGAAAUACUUAUGGCUGAGCAAGUUCGAAGUAAAGUUCGAUUAGAAUACCUCCCAGAAUUACCAGAAUAUCGAAUGGAUAAAUAUUUGAUGGCAUUUCAUAAAACGCGUCACAAUAAGGAUCCAUUAUUUGCUAUAUUGAGAGGGAUUGUAGAAUGUGUAUGGAUGCCGACUUUCGUGACCUUCAGUCGUACUUUUAUUUGUGAUAAUCCUAAAUGUCGCAAUAAGAGUUACCUUCACGUAAUCCCUAGUGCUCGAACAAAUCGCGUAAUUAAGCGUACAGAAGACAAGGAAUAUUUAAAUACAAGUACCAGUGCGACAUUACACAAUAUUGAUUUAUAUUGUAGCCAUUGUGAACAAGAGAUGAAAGAAAUGGUGGUUGAUAGGAUUUAUACAACUCGUCAACGUAUUCGUUUGUCGUGUGUGGAUGAAGAUGAAAAUGAUGGUUCAUUCACUAAUACAUUACAUGCAUUUGUUGAGGAUGAGCUGACAAGCAAGGUUGAAAUUGGUCAAAUUAUUGAAGUUAUUGGACUUGUAGGAAGACAUUUUCCUACAAUGGAUGGUAAAGCGUGAUUACAAUUUUUUUUCACCAGUUCUUUCGAAAUAUAUGUUUUUUCCUGACAUUUGUUCAUUUGGAAAGAUGGAAAAUAUUGCGCUAGAUCCUGGUAUGAUAACGGUUUACACAUUGAGGUAAAAAAUUUCCCGAUCUUUAUUUUUCUUAAACAUAAGCUAACUGUAAUCUAUUGUUCUAAUAGGUUAAUAAUAUUAAACGAGUAACUUUGAACGAAGAAAG